GAUUUUCCCAUUGUUUCCUGGCGGAUAUACACAACAGUGUCAUACAUUCGCUCCGGUUUUCCACUUUGUGGCUUGCAAGCGUGUCACCGCAUACUUUCCUUUUCUGCGCAUUCUUCUCAGCUACCGACAUCUGUCUCUUCGUGUCGGUGAGGCAGUUCAGCAUUUCUGGCGAGAAGCCUGGAAACACUUUUAGUCCGCGGCGUUCUGGAUCUACGGCGGUUUCACCGCUUUAUGGUUUCCCUCAUGUAAAUCCGGAUUCCUCCAGAGGAUCAUCUGCAGCCACGUCAGUAUACCGCGGCUCCACACCACCCGAACGGGGGGAAGUUUCCCGAGAAGUCGUCUCCAGCUUUUUGUCGUCAACAUGCAUUUCUCUGGAGUUUUUCUUCGGACCUCCCGGGUCUUUCUUGCCUCGGAAAGCUCGGCUGCGGGCUCGAAGGUGGCGAAGAGCUUGCCCGGCAUUCGGUUUGGUAACCCCUGGCGCGACGACUACCCAGAGUGGAUCUGGAAGAGCCUGCGUGUUAGCAGAAAAGACAAAGACAUGUUCGCCCCAUUUUUCAAGCUCUUGAAUGCAACCAAGCUUUACGAAUAUUGCCUCAAGGACAACCGCCGCUACUGCAUGUUCGUUAUGGGUGUCGGACUCGUCAGCUCGUGGAUGUGGAGCGAAUGGUGGAACUCCGUGUGGCGCCGCAUUAACAAAGGGAAACUCUACAAUGAUGUCCCGUACGUCUAUCCGGAGGAGGAUGAGUAAACUGGAGAAAGCCGCAUUUCUGUCUGCUAUGCAAACACGAAUCUGAAGCUGCAAGGUUCCACUCACCCGUGGCCUCAGCGUGUUUGACGAGCCUACUCUGCAACACAAGUCAUUCAGCGCAUGAGCUUUCGGGUCACUGGAUGAAAAAAGAAUCCCGAGAAUCCAAACAGGCGCUCACAACAUGUCGACGUGUGGCAACACUCGCCGUCGCUGCGCUGGCUUGCUGACGUUCAUGAACUGUGGCUGUGGUAGGGAGGCGGCUGCAUCACAUUGCUCAUGUGCCUGAUACGUCCGUCGUCGGACACGGAGGCAACCGUGACGUAGUUGUUCCUCACAGAUGGGUUCGCAGGAAGGGUAACGAUUAUUCUCAAUUUUUGUAACUCAAAGUCCUAAGUCUGAAGAACGACUCUGUGCAGUAACUUGCGAUGCGUGGAGCAUCUGUUUAAUCCUCCGCUGAUCUUUUUGUGACUGCCGCCAUCUGCAUCAACAAGCGGCAUUCUCUACACGUUUAUCUGCGGUGGACAGAACUUGAUCAUGUUCGUGCCCCUGAAUAAGAUGAGUUACGCAACGAAUGCAGCUGGAUUCGUUCGAAAGCAGCAACCAGAAAAGCCGUGGAGCAAGCAACAGCAUCACACAUGUUUUACUGACAAACGUUGCUGCAGGACGCCGGCAUUACUGGAGCCAAACACAGAAAAGGUGCUGCGUUGCAUCAUUUUGUCUGCGUCCUACAAGCUCGUCACAUGCAAAGGGG